AUGAGAAGGAGUUUAUGGAGGCCCAAAUGGAAGAAGGAGAGGGAAAUAGUUAGGCUUGAAAUUAACAAACAAGCUGAAGAAAAUAAGAUUGACAAUUUAGAAAGAGGAGAUAAUAUGGACAUUGUGUCAAUGGAGCUUGAAUCAUCUACUACACAAAGAACUAAACCAUGUAAUUUGAAUGAAAUGCUAACCUAGAAUUAUGGAAGGGCAAUUGUUGGAGCACAGCCUAUUCCCUUUGAAUGCUCACCUGCACAAGUAUAAGUAACAUUGGAGCAAUUGUGUAUACCAGGAGACAUCUAUAAAGUUGAAACUUUAAAUAGUGCUCAAACAUGCAUGCCAACCAUCAAUGCCACACCCAACUCAGUGCUGCCACUAACUAAAUAUGCUCCUGCUGUUCAAGUUUUCAAACAUGAAAUUGGGCCACACAGUAAAGGGGAGGCCGAGAGUUUAAGACACCAACCAGGAUCAAAUAGUAGGUCUCAGAAAGUACCAGUUCAGUUCCAGUCGUCACCCCUUGUUGAAACUUGUAAGCAAUUCCCAGUCCAGUUUCAGUCAUCAUGCCCACUUGAACAUCAUAUGCGAGCUACUCUUAAGCCACCACACUCAGAUAGAUUUCCUAAACAAGGGUCUGUGCAAACACCUUUGUCUCGACUAGUUGAACAUUUACCUCAAAGUAACAUUGCACCUAGACAAGGAAGUAGAGAGGAAAUUGCACAAGCAUUAUGUCAAGUUGUUUUAUCACCUAAAGUAGAGUACAUGUGUUUUGAUGGGAAC